AUGGCAGGGCUACCUCGUAGAAUAAUCAAGGAGACUCAGCGACUUAUAGCCGAACCUGUAGCUGGAAUAACAGCUAUACCAGAUGAUGAGAAUGCCCGGUACUUUCAUGUCGUAGUGGCUGGUCCAUCCCAGUCUCCUUAUGAGGGAGGUCUGUUCAAGCUGGAGCUGUUUCUACCAGAAGAGUACCCCAUGUCAGCACCCAAAGUGAGGUUCAUGACCAAGAUAUACCACCCCAAUAUAGACAAGUUAGGGAGAAUAUGUCUGGAUAUCCUCAAAGAUAAAUGGAGCCCAGCACUGCAGAUUCGAACAGUUCUGCUCUCCAUUCAGGCAUUACUUAGUGCUCCAAAUCCUGACGAUCCACUAGAUAACAGCGUGGCUGAACAUUGGAAAUCUAAUGAAAAGAGUGCUAUUGAACAAG